GUUACGCUGCCAUGGGCAUGCAAGGAGCAGGAAAGAUUGAGGUGGGUUGCGUGGCGGAUGUGACCCUGUGGGAUCUCACAGCCAUGUCGCUUCUCCCUCGGGGCGACCCCGCCAGCCUCCUGGUCUUGGGUCGUCCCCAACAAGGGCCGGGCCAGGCCGGUAGUGCUCUGCAUUCCUCCUUCGUGCGCGGCCGGCGCGUGGUGUCUGGAGGCCUGCCCUUGACCUGCAACCUGCGACGCCUACGGGAGACCCUCUGGCGUCACAGCGAGCCGCGCGCCACCGGCGCGGCGGCCAUGGACCCAUUGGCGCGGCCCAGCGCGGAGAUGCAGCGGGCGGCGGAGGUGGAGUACCGCGGAGCAGUAGGAUUGGAUGGCAGCGAAGGACCGCGCCAGCUCUCGUCCCACUUGGCGCUCAGGACCAUCUGGGACUAUGCGGGGGCCUGUGCCCUGGCUUUCACCUGA